CACCUCAUACCAGCGCUUGUCUACACACUACGACUACUACUACGACCACCACUACUACUACUACGACUAUUACUAGGAGGAAUAUUGCCACACGGAUUGGUAUUCUUCGCCGUUCAAGUAGCAGUUUUCGGCUUGAUUCCGGUUGACAGUGAGCGAUACAUCCAUACACACACCUCCCGCCAUGAUUGACCGCCAAGCAACCCACGUACAGAACCGGGAAGACUUAGAGAGAGCGCACACUUCGUCCUCUCCCGGUCUACCUCAACCCUUGGGACAGAAGUACCUGCUGGAGAAUAGUAACUGCAACCAGCACCUUCACUGCCACCAGCAGCACCACCACCACCACCAUCAGCAGCAGCAACAAGCACAACAGCAGCAGCAACAAGCACAACAGUACCAGCAGUAUAGCCAACUAUCACAGCAGUAUAUCCUCCCACCACCGCAGCACCAACAGAUGUCGCCACCACAGCAGGCGCCACCUUCUCUACCACAGGAACCAUUACAGAAAAAACUGCGAGUAUUUCCAUCGCAGCAUCCGUCAGUGUCCCGCCCACAGCCAUCACUACAGCAUCUUCCACACCUGUCACCAGUGGUGGUGCCAAUGGCGUCGCAGCAGCAAUCACAGCAGCAGCAGCAGCCACGGGAACAGCCACAGCAGCAGCUAUAUCAUUAUCAUCAGCAGCAGCAACAACAGCAACAGCGGCAGCAGCAGCAGCAGCAAAGACAGUUCUUUCCACCACGACACUCUGUAGUGCCAGAAAUGUUGUGCAACAUCAACUACUACCAACAACAACAGCACUCCUGCUGCCACAACCACCACCACCACCAACAACAACAACAACAGCAACAACAACAAAGACAACAGCAACAACAACAAUUCAACACAACAAAUCCCUCCACCCUUCAUUGCUACACCCAGCCACCACCACUCACCAACACCAGCAGCCCAACCCAGAAGAUGGAAACACAGCGGGCUCUUUCCCCUGCGGCACCCCGCCAUCCCAGCGCAGGAUACACGGCGGCGCUGAAGGAGGAGAGAGCACGCCUUCAGGAGAAAUUGGUGGAGAUGAAGGAGAAGCGGAGAUGCGUAGUGUGUCUAGACAACGAAUAUGGUGCGAUUUUCAUGCCCUGCACACAUUUAGUAACCUGCCCGUCCUGCGCCGCCACCCUCUCCACCUGCCCCGUGUGUAGAACGCCCGUGCAAUACUUAGUGGCGGUGAAGAUCGACUGAGGGGUGAGUGAGAAGUGGCGAAGGGGAAAAAUGGAAUGGAAAGAAGAGAUAAGAUAUGGUUUGAAGUGUCACCAUAAGGGAAAUGACUGCCACAAGAUUACAACGGAGUAGCAGCGGAUGAAGGAAAGGAAGUUCAAGAGAGGAAGAAAGAGAAGACUAAGAGAAGUGUCUAAAAAGAUACGGUAAAGAGGCGACUACAUAGCUAGAAAAAUCACAAAAGCAGAAGUGUGAAGGAGGAGGAAGAGGAAGAAGAGGAAGAGGAAGAGGAAGAGGAGGAGGAGGAGGAGGAGGAGGAGGAGGAGUAGAGGAGGAGGAGCGAAAACUUUGCCAUAAACAUGUUGGAAAUGGAUGAUUACUGAUGGAAUGCUAAUAAAUGAAAUGAAUACGCCAUUGUCCUUCAGCGAAAAAGAUGAUUACUGUGAGGAUUUCCUUAUUUAUCAAACAAGUGUGUUCUGGAAAGAUAUUGGCAUUGUAAGACGGAUGAGCACGAUGAUGCUUGUCAAUCAACAUUCACUCCACUCCAUUUCUGUCCCCUGAGGGUGUUAGACUAAUACUGUGAAGCUCACUCAGGUUGUAUACAAGAAUUAAGUAUUAACUAUGAACAUUUUCCCUUUGUGAUGCACUCUCCACACACACACACACACACACACACACACACACACACACACACACACACACACACACACACACACACACAAUCAACGUGAAAUUAAGAAUCUCACAACAAACCAAUUCACUCUUUGUCACUCUGCCUUUGUCAUUUACGCUUAACUUUUCCAUACGCAUUUUAUAAUUCCUUUUAAUAUUAAACAGGACAUCGAUGCUAAUAAAUUGUCCCGGAUAUGAAUGAUA